GACGGGCUGGACUGGCGAAGGCAGGAGCAGCACAGGGUGCAAAGGACCAGCCUCCACCUCGCCUGCCCAUCGCCUGUAUCCUGACCACCAUGGGGAAGGGCCGGAUCCUUGUGGGACCCAGCUUCUUUCUCCUGCUGCUGUUCCUCCUUCCUGGGGACACCUUGGCGUCCGCCACAGAACCGCAAUACUUGGUUCUGGUGCCCUACUUGAUCCACACAGAGACGCCCGAGAAGAUCUGUAUCCAGCUGAACCACCUGAAUGAGUCGGUGACGUUGAGCAUCACUCUGGAGCAUGGAGGGCAGAACAGGACCCUGCUCACUGACUUGGUGACCAAGAAGGAUAUGUUCGGGUGCCUCCCAUUCCAGGUUCCCAAAUUGAGCGGUUCUUCUAGCUCCACAGAGGCAUUCCUCACAGUGGAGGUAAAAGGGGAUACGCUGCGCUUCAAGAGCUGGAAAGCUGUGCUGGUCAAAGACCUGGACACCCUGCUCUUCAUCCAGACAGACAAGCCCAUCUACAAGCCAGGGGAGACUGUUCAUUUUCGUGUUGCCACCCUGGAUGAAAGUUUCCGACCUGUUACUGAAAAAAUCCCAUUGAUUUACCUCCAGGAUCCCAAGAACAACCGCUUGAUGCAGUGGACCGAAGUGGAGCUGAAAGGGGGCCUGGUUCAGCUCUCCUUCCCUCUCGGCUCUGAGCCCCCCCAAGGCACCUACAGACUGAAGGUGCAGAAAGUCACCAAUGCAUGGGAGGAGAGAGCCUUUGAAGUGUCGGAAUAUGUAUUACCCAAAUUCGAAGUUGUGGUGAAGGCACCUGAGGUCAUCACGAUUCUGGCCGAGGAACUGGAAGUGACUGUUUGUGGAGUGUACACCUAUGGGAUGCCCGUUCCUGGACAGGUGAAGAUACGUGUUUGCCGGAAAUACAACGAUGCUGCAACCCGACGGUACAGCGGUUACACAAGCUCAUGUUCCUGGGCAGAGCUGGGGGGUGUAUGUGAAGAGUUCAGUGGAGAGGCCGAUGCAAACGGCUGCUUCUCUCAGGUGGUGAAAACGAAAGUUUUUCAGAUGAAGAGGGAUUCGUCUGAGAUGAAACUUGAAGUGGAGGGCAAGAUCGUUGAGGAAGGCACCGGGGUGGAACUGACCGGAAAUGCUUUCUCCACAAUUACUUCAACUCUCAGCACAGUUACCUUUGAAAAGGUGGACACUUACUACAAGCCUGGUAUCCCACUUUUUGGGCAGGCGAAGCUCGUGGACGGUGCCAGUGUUCCGAUGGCCAACAAAACCGUUGAGAUCCGUGUUGAUCAAUCAGGACACAGAAUCAACUACACGACUGACCACCAGGGGGUUUUCCAGUUUUCCGUCGACACGACCAGCCUCACGGAUAGUUCUAUCAGGAUCCAGGCAAUUUAUAAUUCAGGCUUGGUGUGUCAUGAAUGGGGCUGGCUCAGUCCCCAUCACCAGGGCGCCUCUCAUUCAGCCUCGCGCUUUUAUUCACCAAGCGAAAGCUACCUCCACAUUGAGCCCGUUCCUGGGACUUUAAGCUGCGGUCAUACUCAGCCAGUUCGAGUGCAUUACAGCCUGAAGCCUGGGCUGGUGGAAGAUAAGAAGAUUCACUUUCACUACCUGGUGAUGGCUAAAGGGGGCAUCGUACAUUCGGGGAUCCACGUUCAGCCUGAAGAAGAUGGGAAAGCCAAAGGGGUAUUUUCUCUGGACCUCCCUGUGGAUGCAGACAUUGCUCCCUUGGCCCGCUUGCUUCUGUACACAGCCUUGCCCAGCGGAGAACUUGUGGCUCACUCGGCAGACUUCACUGUUGAGAACUGCUUCAGAAACAAGGUGGAAUUGUGGUUCACUGAGCCCAAAGGGCUCCCUGGCAGCCAAACUCGACUCGUUCUUGCAUCCGCCAAAGACUCCCUCUGUGGCAUCCAUGCUGUUGAUAAGAGUGUCUAUCUCUUGAAACCCGAAGCUGAGCUCUCCCCUCGGACUAUUUAUGACUUGCUUCCUGUGAAGAACCUCAAAGGCUAUCCACAUGAUAACCCUCAUUUGAACGAAAUGACCACUCGUCCCUGUGUGACACGGAAAACAAUUGUUGUGGAUGGCAUCCGCUACACCCCUGAUUCUUAUACUUACGGUGAAGGGGACGCCUAUGAAAUUCUCAAGGACUUUGGCCUGAAAGUUUUCACGAGCACCAAGAUACACAAGCCUCACAUAUGCCAAGCCCAAAGACAGACAGCCUUUGAACCUCAAGCUGGCUAUGAAUCAAGAUAUGCCCAGCCGAUGGCGUAUAUUGGUGGUGUUGGUAGUGUUGCUGGUGGUGCCUACCUCGAUUCCCCUGAAGCUACGAAGCCUGCCAGGAGUUUCUUCCCUGAGACGUGGCUGUGGCAACUGGUCGUAUUGGACGGCGAUUACUCAGGUACAGGGGUCCUCUUGGGUCACUCAGAGAAGGAGGGUGGCAUCGUUCCAGGAGAAGUGAUUAUGCCUGUGACCAUACCGGACACCAUCACGGAAUGGCAAGUGGGAGCUUUCUGCUUGUCAUCAGACCACGGCAUUGGCAUUGCCCCGGUCGCCACCGUCAACGCCUUCCAGUUGUUCUUCACUGAGGUCACUCUGCCCUACUCUGUGGUGAGGGGUGAAGCAUUCAUGAUGAAGGCCACUGCCUUCUCCUACCAGAAAAACAUGAUGAAGGUCACUAUGUCUCUGGCUCCAUCCCCUGACUUUGAGGCCAUCCCAGUGGAGGAAGAGGCGCCUUCUUGUCUGCCUGAAAAUGGGAGGAAAACCAUCUCCUGGUUGGUGACACCCAAGUCUCUGGGGGAAGUGAACUUCACCGUCAGUGCCAAGGCCCAGCCCUGUGGGAAUGCAAUAGAGGUGGCGAAUAUCCAAGAACAGCAGGACACUGUGAUCAAAUCUGUUUUAGUGGAGCCUGAAGGAAUUGAGAAAGACGUGGUCUUCAGCAGCCUCUUGUGUCCAGCUGAAAAGUCACAGUCAUCAGCACCUAUAGCUUUAGCGCUGCCGGCCAAUGUGGUGGAGGGCUCAGCCAGGGCUUCAGUCUGUGCACUGGGAGACAUUAUGGGAACAGCCAUAGAGAACAUCCACCAGCUCCUCCAGCUGCCCUAUGGCUGUGGGGAACAGAACAUGGCCCGCUUUGUCCCCAACAUCUACAUCCUGCAGUACCUGAAUAACACAGGGCAGCUGACGGAAGAGGUCAAGUCCAAGGCCAUCGGAUAUUUAGUGACUGGCUACCAGCAGCAGCUGAACUACAAGCACUCUGAUGGCUCCUUCAGCACCUUUGGACAAAAUAACUGGGAGCCAGGAAACACCUGGCUGACAGCAUUUACACUUGUAUCCUUUGCCCGGACCAAGUCCAUCAUCUUCGUGGAAGAGAAGCACAUCAGCGGCGCUCAGGCCUUUCUGGCUUCCAGGCAGAAAGAGAAUGGCUGCUUCCAUAGCACCGGGACCCUCCUCAACAACGCCCUGAAGGGCGGGGUUGAUGAUGAGGUCACUCUGUCUGCCUAUAUCACCAUCGCCUUCCUGGAGAUUCCUCUGCCUGUCACUCACUCCGUGGUGCGCAACGCCCUGUUCUGUUUGGAGACGGCGACGCAGGCGAAAGAGAUCAACACUUACACCAAAGCCCUGUUGGCUUUCGCCUUUGGCUUGGCUGGGAAAGAGGACAAGAAGCAGGAGAUGCUGCGUUUGCUUGAUGGGGAAGCUGUGGCAGAAGCUGAUGGCUCUCUUCACUGGCAGCGGCCUGGAAAGCAAGAGGCGGACGCUGACCUUCCAUUCCAUCGCUUGCCCCGUGCGCCUUCCGCAGAGGUGGAGAUGACAGCCUACGUCCUUCUAGCGUACCUGACCAAGCAGCCGGCGCCAUCGCAGGAAGACCUGGCGAAAUGUGCCCGCAUUGUCAAGUGGCUCGUCAAGCAACAGAACCCCACUGGCGGAUUCUCUUCUACUCAGGACACUGUGGUGGCGCUCCAGGCCCUCUCUCUGUAUGGGGCUUUAACCUACUCCAGAAGUAGCACAGGCACAGACUUGUCUGUGCACUCUGGAGCGAAUGCCAUGGGAACUUUCCAUGUGGACAACACCAACCGCCUGCUUCUUCAGUGCCGAUCUCUGCCCCAAGUGCCAGGAGACUACAAUGUUGAGGCGACAGGAGAUCGCUGUGUCUAUAUCCAGACCACCUUGAAGUACAACGUGCAUCCGCGCCCGGAGGACUCGCCUUUCAAGCUGGAGGUGUACACGGUCCCUGAGUCUUGUGCUGGACCCAAAGCUCACAAAACGUUUGACGUUGCUGUAAAUGUCAGUUACAUUGGCAAGUGGCCGACCUCUAACAUGGUGAUCCUUGAUGUGAAGAUGCUCUCAGGAUUCAUCCCGGUAAAAUCAUCUGUAAGACAGCUAAUGGGUAAAGCACAGGUCAAGCGGACAGAAGUGAGCACCAGCCACGUCCUUUUGUAUUUGGAGAAGGUGGACAAUGUGACCCAGAGCCUAUCCUUCACGGUGGAGCAGGAUGUCCCUGUCCAGCACCUGAAGCCUGCCCUGGUGAAAGUCUAUGAUUACUAUGAAACAGGUGACAGUGCCAUUGCAAAGUACAGCGCCCCCUGCAGUACAGAUGACAUUAAACAGGGGAAUGCGUGAGGAAUGAAGCCCAUCACCCCCAGUAGACUCUGUUGGCAUCUUCCUUCCACCAUCAGACACAAGUGGACAGAGCAACCAGGACAGCAACACAGAGAGGGAAGCAUUUAUCCCGACACAGCCAACAAAAAUCUUCUCUGCUUUGCUUGCUUAUUCCACCAUUUGAAUAAGCCCUGUACCCACCUUUUCUCAUUUUGAGAUCCUUUUCUACAUCUGCUACUACUUCCCUCUAUUGGAUGAAAAAGAAAAUAAAAGGAAUCCAUUCAUUUCUUUUUAA